AUGAAGCUGACCACUAUUCUCUCACUUGCCACUCUUGCGCUCGCUCGCCCACAAUCACACGUCCUCCGCGACAAAAGAGAUCCCCUUCCAUAUGGAGACUGGGUUGCCCCAUCUUCCUUUGAAACAGUACCUACUCCACCCAAUUCAACUCCUACUCCAUCCGCAUCACCAAGUACAUUGCCCACGCCAAGUGCAUUACCCGCACAAAAUUUCGGGAACGCCAUCGUUUCCAACCACUGCAAGUUCCCCGUCUAUCUAUGGUCGGUAGGAUCGACUGUUCGCCCCGUAUCGCUUAUUGGCCCGGAUCAAAACUAUGCUGAGCAAUAUCGCUACGACCAGCCCACAGGCGGCAUCGCACUGAAGAUCAGCACCGACGCCAACGGACUAUACGACAGUGCGCCGCAGACUGUCUUUGCUUAUAACGUCAACGAUCAAGGCAAGGUGUGGUUUGACCUCACUGACGUAUUUGGCGAUGCGUUCAAAGGCUACUCGGUCAAGCUGGAGCCAGCUGAUCCCCAGAUUGAAUGGAAGGAUGGAGUCCCUCCUGCUGAAAUGAGUGUUCGCUGGAUUGGUGCGUCGGGGGAUCUGGUCUUGCAUCUUUGUGUGGCAUGA